AUGGCCGAUUCUUCCAGCACCACCAAGAUCGUGCUCGAGUCCAACGAGGGCGCCAGGAUCGAUGUUGAGCGCAUCGUCGCCGAACGGUCGGUUCUCAUCAAGAACUUGAUUGACGAUCUCGGAGAGGAGGCUGUUUUGGCUGAGCCGAUCCCCAUCCCAAAUGUCAAUACUGCCGUGCUCAGAAAGGUCAUCGACUGGUGCAAGUACCACAAGAAUGACGCUGCUCAAUCCGCCGACGAUGACAACGAUAAUCGCAAGAAGACCACCGACAUCGACGAGUGGGACCAGAAGUUCAUGCAGGUGGACCAAGAGAUGUUGUUCGAGAUCAUUUUGGCUGCCAACUAUCUCGACAUUAAGCAACUCCUGGACGUUGGUUGCAAGACUGUCGCCAACAUGAUCAAGGGCAAGUCGCCAGAAGAGAUCCGCAAGACAUUCAACAUUACAAAUGACUUCACCCCCGAGGAAGAGGAACAAAUCCGCCGCGAGAACGAGUGGGCUGAGGAUCGUUAA